AUGGAAAGAUUACCAGAUCUCUUGCACUUGAGAAACUUGAAGCACUUAGAUGCUAGCUAUUACACCAAACUAAUGGAAAUUCAAGACCUCGAUGGAUUGGAAUCCUUGGAGACCUUGGAUUUUGGGUUGUGCUUAUCUAUCAAAACAUUACCAAAUCACUCCAAUUUGAGAAACUUGAAGCGUUUAGAUGCUCGCUAUUGCAACAAACUAAUGAAGAUUCAAGGCCUCGAUCGUUUGGAAUCCUGGGAGACCUUGGAUUUUGGGGGGUGCUCAUCUAUGGAAAGAUUAUUAAAUCUCUCCAACUUAAGCAACUUGAAGGGUUUAGAUGCUCGAUACUGCAACAAACUAAUGGGGAUUCAAGGCCUCGAUCGAUUGGAAUCCUUGGAGACCUUGAAUUUGGAGUGUUGCUUAUCUAUGGAAAGAUUACCAGAUCUCUCCAACUUGACAAACUUAAAGUGUUUAGAUGCUCGUUACUGUAACAAACUAACGGAGCUUCAAGGCCUCGAUCAAUUGGAAUCCUUGGAGACCUUGUAUUUUGUGGGGUGCUCAUCCAUGGAAAGAUUACCAGAUCUCUCCAACUUGAGAAACUUGAAGUAUUUAGACGCUCGCUACUGCAAGAAACUAACAGAGAUUCAAGGCCUCGAUGGAUUGGAAUCCUUGGAGACCUUGAAUUUUGUGGGGUGCUCGUCUAUGGAAAGAUUACCAUCCACCUUGAUAAACUUGAAGUAUUUAGAUGCUCGCUACUGCAACAAACUGAAGAAGAUUCAAGGCCUCGAUCGAUUGGAAUCCUUGGAGAACUUGGACUUUGGGUUGUUCUUAUCUACGGAAAGAUUACCGGAUCUCUCCAAUUUGAGAAACUUGAAGCAUUUAGAUACUCGCUACUGCAACAAACUAACGGAGAUUCAAGGCCUCGAUCGAUUGGAAUCCUUAGAGACCUUGGAUUUUGGGUUGUUCUUGUCUAUGGAAAGAUUACUGGAUCUCUCCAAUUUGAGAAACUUGAAGCAUUUAGAUACUCGCUACUGCAACAAACUAAAGGAGAUUCAAGGCCUCGAUCGAUUGGAAUCCUUGGAGACCUUGGGAUUUGGGUUGUGCUUGUCUAUGGAAAGAUUACCAUAUCUCUCUAAUUUGAUAAACUUGAAGCAUUUAGAUGCUCGCUACUGCAACAAACUAACGGAGAUUCAAGGCCUUGAUCGAUUGGAAUCCUUAGAGAACUUGAAUUUUGUGUGGUGCUCGUCUAUGGAAAGAUUACCUGAUCUCUCCAAUUUGAGAAACUUGAAGCGUUUAGAUGCUCGCUACUGCAAUAAACUAACGGAGAUUCAAGGCCUCGAUGGAUUGGAAUCCUUGGAGACCUUGGAUUUUGUGGGGUGCUCGUCUAUGGAAAGAUUACCUGAUCUCUCCAACUUGAGAAACUUGAAGCAUUUAUAUGUUUGCAAGUGCAAAGAACUAACGGAGAUUCAAGACCUCGAUAGAUUGGAAUCCUUGGAGAUCUUGGAUUUUUACGGUUUCUCUUCUUUGGAAACAUUACCAAAUCUCUCCAACUUGAGGAAUUUGAUAGUGUUUAAGGGACCUUGA